CCUUCUCGUACUCGGCCUUGUCAAUCUUGGGCCGCCAGUGCUCCAUGUUCAGAAGUCCACGGUCGUUGAACUUGAUCUGGCUGCUGCCGUCCCUCUUGAAGUCGAUGCCGAAGGGGGCAAACUUGAUGUGGGCCUCGAACUUGCCCUCGGGGCCGAACUUGACGGUGAUCUGGUCCUUGUCCUCAAACGAAACCUUGGCCUCGGCAUCUACAUCCAAGCCACCGACAAUGGCAAACUUCUCAGCUUCAUUGUAGCGCUCUUUGCGGGCGUUGCUGCCAUGCCUGAGCUCAAUGUCCUUGUUCAGACGCUUCUCUUCGUCGACGGUGACACGGGCGGUGCCUGACUUGAGGAACGAUACGGUCAAUGGCAGUCGGACAGUUGCGCCAUCUUCAGCGAUGGUUUUAAGGAUUAUGGCCUCGAGUUUGCCGUCCUUCAAGGCGACGGACUCGGCAAAGACAUUGUAUGGGGAUGACCAGGUAGAGCUGGUGGCUGCAUCGGCAUAGGCCCGAUUACGCUUGCAAAAGCCGGACUGAUCGCACUUCUUGAAGUCAUGCUCCUUGACCAUGAAUACCGGCGUAAAGAGGGAGAAUAGGAGACAGAAGACUGUCGCCCAGCUCCAGCUGGAGGACCGCAUUUUGUAAAUAUGUAUUCUUUAGCCGCAGGUAGUAGGUGGCCUGCACGCACAAUGGUUGCAGAGGUUCACUUCUCAACACUCUCGCCGAAUCGAGCUCCGUCAAGCUGUCCAGUUUCCCUGUGGGCUAUGACGAAUAUGGACUAGCGUCAGUCUGACGUACCCACCUCAACAGUGCGGGACAAAGAUGCUUCAGGUCAGGUACCUUGGACAUCCAAGUCGAAUUAAGAAAGUAUGGAACAUACCUCAAUUGAAGAAAACAAGAUGGCAAAUUCAAGAUGGAAAGAAGAGAACUAACGGUGAGGUGAAAGCGAACUUCAACGUUGCCAAGUGAUAGAUAGUAGGCCACCAAAAGCAAUGUGCUCCCCCGCUAGAUCUACGUUCAUCUACCGGCACAUUACUAAGUACCUUGCCUUAAACGGCACCAACUCUACCUCCUGCGCUUGCACUUAAGCGGGAUAACUGCGCCAGUACGUCGUCGGUGGCUUUUCCAGGGGCUGGUUCAAACUGCUGUUUUAUUUGGUUCAUCUUGACAAAGAAGUAGAUUCGCAAAGGCUGCCGACUGAACAGAAAUCAUCGGAAACAACUGGCUGUCCUCUUUGUCAAUGUCAACAACAAUCACUGUACUCCGUACAUGUCCAACUCGAUCGACGACACCAUUUAGUCUAGCUGCACCACCGUCCCGUUUUUGCCCAGUGUGAUCCUCCAUUGUUGCAUAAAGCACUACGGGUCUGUUUAUCGACCAUGGCUUCCCCCGAUUCGCAGCCCAAGCCCAAGCCCAGCAGCAACGGCGCCACGACGGGAGACCCCGCCAUCAAGCUUGGGCACCAGCAAAGGCAGAAAAUAUUUACCCCGCCAAAUUUUGCGUUGCUGCUAUGCCUCCUCCUCAGUCUGGUGAAUUUUUACCACCUACAAAAGCCAGGCCGAGCUUCUGUCAUUUACGUUCAAGAACCUAGUACUCCAAUUCCUCCCACCAUCUACAAAAACACCGCCAAAAUGUCUACUGAGCAGACCUUCAUUGCCAUCAAGCCCGACGGCGUCCAGCGCGGUCUGGUCGGCCCCAUCAUCUCCCGCUUCGAGCAGCGCGGCUACAAGCUGGUUGCCAUCAAGCUGGUUACCCCCGGCAAGGCCCACCUCGAGCAGCACUACGCCGACCUGAAGGACAAGCCCUUCUUCGCUGGCCUCGUUGAGUACAUGAACAGCGGCCCCAUUGCCGCCAUGGUCUGGGAGGGCCGUGACGCCGUCAAGACCGGCCGUACUCUCCUCGGUGCCACCAACCCCCUUGCCUCGGCCCCUGGCACCAUCCGUGGUGACUACGCCAUCGACGUUGGCCGCAACGUCUGCCACGGCUCCGACAGCGUCGAGAACGCCAAGAAGGAGAUCGCCCUUUGGUUCAAGGAGGGUGAGGUCGUCAGCUACCAGGCCUCGCAGGCUUCCUGGAUCUACGAGAAGCCGUAAGCUUCUCGAAGAGGGAAAUACAACAAAAGAGACUUUUGGUGACGGAUUGAAUGUCAACUAUACUUGACUCGGCCGGAUGUAUCAAGGCAAGGGCGAUUGCUCAUGUCAGACACAGGCUGUACAAGGCAGAUUAGAUAGACAAUGCAGAAAAAUCAGUCUCAA